GUUUUACGGGUAAUUAGGCCAGCACCGUCGGCAAUUAGUCCUAAUAAAUCACUGUCUCCACGUUAUUACAGCAUACUUAUUAUUUUGUCCCAAAAUUAUAGCACCCAUCCUUUCAUUUUCAUAAUUAAAUUGCAGAAAUCACCAUUGUUGAUUUAUAAGAACACAAAAUCACCUUCUCACAAUGCAGAUUUCAGUAUAGAGAGAGAAAGAGAGAGAGAGAGAAUACUGGAAAGAAGCAGUAGCAUUGUAAAGAAGAAACAUCUAGAUAUACUCUAGAAUAACUAAAAGCCUGUUUUCUCUUUCCUUUUUUCUUCUUCUUCUUCUUCUUCUUAUCUCUCUCUCUACUGUUCUGUCGUCUGCUCAUUUUUAUCUUUCAGUAUGAGUAAGGAGAAAGAACGGAGGAUGUUCGUUGGUGUUGUUUGGAAUUGUGCUGCUGAGCUUAAGCUUCUUCUUACUGCUCUUCUUUUUCUCUGUUCUCUUAUUACACUUCUUCACUUUAUCCCUUCUCGUUUAAUCACUUUCUCCCCUGUAGAUCUUGGCAGCUGUAUUUCUACUCCCACCGCCCCACUUCACUUUGUUUCCCACUUAAACGCUACUAAUUCAUCAACCCCAUCUGCUAAUACGAGUACUACUACUCCACCGCCGGCACCGGAGCCGCCGUCGUUGGAGAAAGACAGACUGUUACUAAACGGCGUCGUUAAGAGAGCUUUCAACCCUUUUGGCUCCGCCGCGUACAACUUUAUUCUGAUGUCUGCUUAUAGAGGAGGUUAUAACACUUUUGCUGUGAUGGGUUUAGGUUCAAAGCCUCUUCACGUCUACGGCAAACCCAGUUACCGUUGUGAGUGGGUUUCUUCUGAUAAACAGAAAAACCCCAUCUCCGUUGUUGGUCAUAAGAUCCUCCCGGACUGGGGUUAUGGCAGGGUUUAUACUGUGAUAGUCAUAAAUUGCACUUUCCCUGUACCAGUUGGCAACGGCGAAAAUGGCGGAAAACUUCUCGUUCACGCCACCACCAACGGCGGCGGCGACACUAACUUUAACACCACCGACACUUUCGAGGCAUUGUCGGAAACGGGACAGGAUUUCGUCAACUUUACUUCCGUAUAUGAAGCUCCCCCAAAGUAUGAUUUCUUCUACUGCGGGUCGUCUCUGUACGGGAACUUGAGCCCACAAAGAGUAAGAGAGUGGCUGGCAUUUCACGUUAGGCUGUUCGGAGAGAAGUCCCAUUUCGUAAUUCACGAUGCUGGAGGUGUACAUGAGGGGGUAAUGGAGGUGCUUAAGCCAUGGAUGGAGAAAGGAUACGUUACAUUACAGGAUAUUAGGGACCAAGAGAGAUUUGAUGGGUACUAUCAUAAUCAGUUCCUUAUUGUCAAUGAUUGCUUACAUAGAUAUAAGUUUCAAGCUAAAUGGAUGUUCUUCUUUGAUGUGGAUGAGUACAUUUAUGUACCAAAGAAGAGCACCAUUAAAUCUGUUGUGAAUUCCUUAUCGGAUUAUACACAGUUCACCAUUGAACAGAUGCCAAUGUCUAACAAGCUCUGUCUCGAAGAGGACCGCGGUAAAUCCUAUAGAAAAUGGGGUUUUGAGAAGCUAGUGUACAAGGACGUGAAGACGGGUAUUAGGAGGGAUCGAAAAUAUGCAGUACAACCUCGCAAUGUGAUCGCAAACGGUGUGCAUAUGUCUCAGAAUACAGUAGGCAAGACAACACACAAGACAGAAGGACGUAUCAAAUACUUCCACUAUCACGGAACCAUCGCAGAGCACCGUGAACCAUGCCGGCAGCUGGUCAACACCACGGCAAUCACCGUUGACGGUAUCCCUUAUAAUGUUGACACUACAAUGAGAGAUGUUGCUGCAACUGUUAAGAGAUUCGAACUUAAGAUGAUUGGCACUACAUUACAAAGAACGCGGCAAUGAGGUCAACAUUGUCUGUACUUUGUUUUCAACAUUUGUUAUUACUUUUAAGUUUCUUUUGGUUAGAGCUAUAUAUAUUCUUCUUCUCUUGUUAAUUUCUGUAUGAUAAAAUUUUUCUUAUACUUUUUGGAAUAGAAGCAUGGGUGGUAUAGAAACAGCAGUGACAAGCAUAUUAGUAUAUGAUUCGUUUAUUUAUAUAUUUGUAGGAUUACAGGGUGUUUUGUACUGUUGUCUUUGUUUGUAACACUAUUUAAUUCGUUUUCUUUUGCCAAAAAGUUGGCUGGAUUUGAUUAUGA